CCGGCUGAUUGGGCGGUGGCCGCGGCGGAGUUGCGAUGCUGGCAAACCCGGUAGCACCAAGCCCGGCCGACGGCGCGGAGGAGGCAGCCCUGGGCCCUCCCGCCAGGGAAGAGGCACCCUUCGGCUGGUCCGCUGGGGGUCUCCCGUCCGGCCUGGUGGACUGGAAGCGCAGAACGUGCAGAACUUUUGCCUUGUUCGCUGCAGCCAACGCGGGCAUCUGGUUGUUGGCUCGCAUCUGGAUGCGAAUGUACUGCCUGGUCGCCGUCUUGCUGGUUCUGAUGGUUCUCUUGGCGACCGUCAAGGAUGCCAUCGGCUCCCGAAGCAAAGGAGGAGCCACGUGGUGCAGCCGGUACGUAUGCUGGGAGACGAUGGAGCCGGACUCGGCCCAGAAGUCGGGCUCAGACCUGCACCUGAGUGACUCUCUGCGGCUGCUCCUGCAGGAGGCAUCAGCCUUCAAGCAGCAGAACCCCGGCAAGUUCUGUUUGCUGGUGUGCAGCUUCUGCACUUUCUUUGCGGUCCUCGGACGCUACAUUCCUGGGAUCGUCAUCUCCUACCUUCUCGUGUUGUGGGCGUUCCUGUGGCCGGUGCUGUCUUCUCCGGAGGCGUCCUCGUGGCUGAAGCCGCUUCUGCAAAAACUGCACUUUGGCUUGGCAACAUUGCUGCAAAAGAUAAAAGAGGAUCACGAGAGAAGAAUCCUCAAGGCUCGGAUUGAGGAGUCCGUGGAGUCGGAGCGCUCGUCCAUGUUUGCCAAGCUGGAUUCGGCGGCAUGUAAGGAACUGUCGGUGUCGGACACGUCGGUGUCGGACGUGACUUGGACGGACAACUUGACCCUGUCGGAGGAGAACACGCCGCAGACGGAGAACUCUGAAGACCUGGACAGAGAGGAGGUGUUCUCUGGGGGUCUCCAUGACUUCCCCUCUGUGGACAAUGGCACUACCACCAAUGGCGAGGACGACGAAGAAGAGGACUUCGGCCUUCCUCUGCCAAUCGGGAACAAGCGCACCGUUCCGCCUCCCGAUGACGGCGCCAGCCUAGACCUGGUCCAGACCGUGAUGCGGGCCACUAUUGUGGCCGCCAUCCAGGAGACAGCUGUGGGCUUCAGACUCCCCAAGGUGACCGAGGAGUCGGACAGCGAGGUUGACGACUUUGAGCUGCUGGACCAGGCGGAGCUGGACCAGCUGGGGGCGGAACUGGAUCUUGCGGCAGGGGACGGAGCCAAGACUGCCGCUGAAGAAAGCGGUGGAAAAGCUCCGCCGGGGUUCUUCGCCAAACUUCUGAGACGCCACUGAUUCGCCGCCGGACAGUUGUGACUUAGUUGAAUUUGUUCCGUGACCAAGCUCCCAACUCAUUUUGCUUGUACAGCGGUACCUUGAGUUGCUGUCACAAUUUAUGAGUUUUUCGAGUAAGGAGCGAUCGUCAAUUUAUCUUGGUCAAGCCAAGUUUAUUUAUAUAGCCCUUAAUCACAGACAAAAAAACAAUCUGUUGCUCCACUACUUUGGGAUGGUAAAUUUGGUAGAGAGGUGUUUAUUCAGGGUAGACUCGCCAAGAACAAAAGUCUGAAGAAGCCACGCCAAGACAGCCAUUCUGCUGUUUUGCUUCUAAGUAGCCAAAGGUCAUGUUGGCCACACCCACAUGUUGCUAAAUCGUUCAAUACCCCCAAGUUCACUUUGAUUUAAUGAUGUGAAAUGUGGUCGUCACAUUUAUCAUGAGCAGAACCCUCAAAAGGUCUCACAAAGCUGAAAAAGAUUGCUUGAUCCGAUGACCACAAUUUAGUCUGGGAGCUUGUUUGCUCGGUUUAGUGGCCAUUCCCCACAAAAUGAAACCACCUGACUCGUGUUUCAAAUGGAAUGAAGAUUGAAGGAAUGUGAAAUGCCCAGUAAAAAGGGUGCCAGGCAAUUUGAAUUUGACAUUGUGUUGCUGAAAAUUGCUUCAAUGUAAUUUUUUUCAAGUCUCAUUCUGCUGGUUGGAUUUUGUUUAUAUUAUGCUGUACUUUUGAAAUCUUUUAUAACUUUUUCAUUUGUUCCAAUUAUCUCGUGCUUCAGUGAAAUCAGCAACUACAAACGCUUAACAAAUAUUCACGCACCUUAAUGAACUGGGGGGAAAACUCCAAUGCACUUUGUUUUAUACUUCAAUUACAAUCAGUGAGCGAUCAUGUGAGUUUUCUACGACGGGAUGACUAGUAUUAACUGUCCAAGUUCAAGAGUGCCUAAAAAUCUGCUGCUUUUGUCCAAUGACUGUUGAUCCAAACUUGGUCAAGCUUUACCUUACUCGGUUGCCUUUUGCUUGCAUGGCAUUUGUUUGACAUGCAUCAAUGUAGUAUUUGUGUAACUUGAAUCUGUGUUAAUAAAAUGUUUCUGUGCAACAUG